UCUUGUGCUCCUCUUCUCAUCAGCUCGGCUAGGAUGCUUCAUACGAAGACGCACACUUAAUGAAUUGAAGAAUUCGUCAUGCAGGAGACCGAUUGUGAAAAGUGUUGUUUAAUUCACACGUGCAAAGGAGAAGGUCGAUCCGCAGAGUGUAGCAUUGCAGAAGAAAGAGAGUGAAAGCUCCAGAACAGAACCGCUUGUACUGGAUAGAACAAGUGGAUAAGAAAAGAUGUGCAGCACAUUCAGUCCGAAGGAGCCGGGGCCAAGCCUGUCUGAUGUGCAUCAGUACAGUCAGUGGUUGGCGAGCAGGCAUGAGGCUAGUUUAUUACCAAUGAAGGAAGACUUGGCUCUAUGGUUGACAAAUUUACUAGGGAAAGAGAUCACCGCAGAAAAUUUUAUGGAAAAGCUGGAUAAUGGAGCACUUCUCUGUCAGCUUGCACAAACAUUACAAGAGAAAUUCAAAGAAAAUAGUAGUGAAAACAAAGCUGCCAAGGUGAAACAAAUUUCAGAAGAUCCUCCUUGCAAAUGUCCAAAUAAGUUUUCAGUGGAGCGUCUCUCCCAAGGACGAUAUCGUGUUGGAGAAAAGAUCCUAUUCAUUCGGAUGCUGCACAACAAACAUGUCAUGGUUCGUGUCGGAGGGGGAUGGGAGACAUUUGAAGGCUACCUCCUGAAGCAUGAUCCCUGCCGGAUGCUUCAGAUUUCCAGAGUGGAUGGCAAGACCUCUCCAGUCUCUAACAAGUCCCAGAAUAUUAAAGACCUGAGCCCUGACAGCUACCUUGUAGUAGCUGCCCAUUACAGAAGCAGACGAGGGAGUACAACAAAUAACAGUGGUAACUGGGGAACAAAGUGAACAUGUGGUAUUCUGCGUACUUUUUUUUGACCCAGUGAUCCAAUAUACUAAAAGUCAAGCAGACCAAGAAUAAUCUAACUCAAUCACUAAAAUCUCUUUGGGCUUUUUUUAAAUGAACCCAAAUAGGGUGGGGACAAAAGAAAACUGUAGACUAUUACCAGACUGAGGCAAAACCUAAUGGGAAUGAUGUAAAGUGGACUUCUGGGAUAUUAAUGCUUACAACGCAUUGAUGCAGAGCUUCAAUUAUUUCAACCUCAUAAUAGGCAAAUUCAUUGAUUGGAAGGAGGUAGCAGUGCAGUAGCGAUGACAGAUGCUCUCCAAUUUGCUCAGCUUUUGCAUAUCCUUCUUCUCUUAUAUCCAUGCUAUUCAAUGGCUGUGUUAAACAGAAUAUUGGUGGUACAUGUGCACCAAUGACAAUAUACCAAACAGGAAGAGCUAAGUACUCUGCAAAUCAUCAGCAUAUAUUGAUUCGAAUGUUUACAAAUUGCUAAAGAGAAUAAACCACAUCACCUCAGUUCUACCAUCCAUAUAAUUAUAACAUUUGAGUUCAGGCUGCCUCCAAAUUUUGAGCAUUCUAAGCGCAUUCUAAGACAUUCCAGCCAAGUAGUAUCAUCCUUAGCACUAUUUGAUAGUCUCAGGCUAUCUAGUGGGUUUAACAUUGCCGUAGUACUUUGGAUUAUUUUCUCCAGCACAUCAACUCAAGAGUAAAAUUGCAAAAUUCUGUACAGAAUCAUUUCUAUUUCUUCAACUUUCUGCUUUGAAAAUAACAAGGUAGAAGAGACCAGUUACAACCAAUCAGAAGAAUUAAAAGACAACUGUUAGCUCUAAAUGGUUUGGCAGCUCAUCUUUUGACCAAAAUUAAUUCAAAAAAAUAUUCUCAAAUCAAUACAGUGUUAAUCCAAAGAUACAUUUCUACAGAAAGACUUUUUAGAAAAAAAUUACCACAAAUAUAGAGCCAGAUUACGGUAGGAAGAACAGCUACAGAAUCCCAAAUGCUGGAUUAUUACUUCAUGAGCCUCCAUCUUCCAGUUCCUUCAGCUACACCAAACCAGAAAAAAUAGUCAAUGUGCCUAUAAUCACUGCCAAAUGCUGCUACUUUUCAAAAUAAUUGGGAGCAUCAAAUAUCUCACUCCAACUACAUGCAUGCAUAUACACACAUUUAAUCUUAUUCACAAUGUGUUGAGUUCAAGAAGAGGGGGAGAACUCCGUUACUUGUAUCAUGAUUCUAAUAUGCAAACAAGAUAAUUGCUCUAUUGUGCAGGAAUAACAGUAAUUUGUUUGAUGCAUAACAAUUUCUGAACAUUAAAAUAAACAGUAAUCUUGUAUUUACCAUAUCAAUAAGCAGGAUUCCUGAAUAAGUUAAGCAAGAAUCAUGAACAUAAUGCAGAUAGCCAAUGCUGCUGGCUGAGCAGGAGCUUCUAAUAUAUUAUCUCUUUAUUCUUCAGUUGCAUGAAUUAGUUGCACCAUACAGAAUGUAAUUAAUUCAAUACAUGAGAGGUGUUUGAUUUUGUUUGCAGGAAUACGUGCUUCUGCGUAGACCACAUUUAUUGUCACAUCCCAAAACAAAUCAAAUUAAAAUACUGCAGAUGCUGAAAAUGUAAAAGAAAUACUGAAAAUACUGAAAACAAUUAAAGGUCAGGCAUGAGUGAAAAUAAGUCACUUUAGAAUGAAGCAAGCUAUCUCCACAAUGUUUUUAUGUUUACUCAAAAUUAUACAAAAUUCACCAAUACUUAAUCAAUAGUAAACAAAAUACUUUAAUAGGAGUGUAAUGACAAUGAUAUUUGGGUUAGGCCGUUUAUCUGACUUUGCCAUGGAAGAGGAAGACAGAAAAGGUACUUUUCUCUGAAGUACUCAAAAUGAUUGCAUUUGACAGGAAAUAAUUACAAAUCUGGACCUAUAAUCUGUACCUGUAAAUUGCCAACUACAAUACUAUAUGCAUAAGACACACAAGACUAGAAAACGUUGUCAAGUACACAUGGUAGGUACUGCAAAACACUGAGCUACUACAACAUUAUUUGAGAAUAGUGACUAGGCUACAGUGAGCUAAAGACGAUAAUAAGCAGUGAGAAAUUAGAUGUUUGUUCUAAGAAAGACACGCACGCGC